CAUUGCUGAUCAAAAGUUCCUAACUUUCUCGUCAACUUGCAGCGGUGAGGGUCGGCUCAUAUGAGAUGACACACGCUCUGGUGGCUCACGGUGCAUGGGUGGAGCAGGUUUGCCAGAAGAGGUGGACGGCCGUGCAUGAAGCAGCCAAAGUCGGCAACGCUGACAUCCUGAUGCUGCUGCUGAGGAACGGCGGGCGGGUAAACCAGAAAGACGUGUCGGGGGUGACACCGCUCGCUGUGGCCGCAGAGCACGGACAUUUCCACAUCGCUGAGAUUCUGCUGAACUGCGGCAGCACAGUGAACUCUCAGGCCUUAAAUGGGGAAAGUGUCCUGUUGGAUGCAGCCGGGUCAGGAAACACUGCCUGCAUUCAGUUGCUGCUGGACAACGGAGCCAACCCCGACCUGCCCAGCAUCACUGGACACCUGCCCAUCCACAAGGCAGCAUAUGCCGGACACUAUGAUGCUCUGAAAAUGCUGAUACCUCUGACAACUAAGAAAGCCAUCAAGGAAGCGGGCCAGAGCCCAGUCCACUCAGCAGCGGAGGGUGGCCAGAGACGCUGCCUGCAGCUCCUGCUGGCCUGCGGCUUUGAUGUCAACUACCGUAUGAGCACCAGAAACUCCGAAAACUACCGGGACAUGAGGAGGAGUGCCUUGUACUGUGCCGUUUCCAACGGGGACGUUGACUCCACCAAAGUCCUUCUGGUGGCCGGAGCGAGGACGAACCUGGACCCGCUGUGCUGCCUCCUGGUGGCAGUCAGGUCCGGGCGCUGUGAGAUUGUCAAGUUGCUGCUGGCAGCCAAAGCAGACGUAAACUGCUACUUCACGGUGGUGAGCGACACAGUGUUUCCUACGGCAUUACAGUACUGCCUGAAGGAUGAGGUGAUGAUGAGGAUGCUGCUCAACAAUGGUUACAAAGUGGAGAGGUGCUUUCACUGUCACCACGACACCAGUUUUAAGGCUACUGACGAUGUGGAUGGGAAAAUACCAUUCUGUGAAUUCAUGAGUCUCUGCUGUCUAAUGCAUCUGUCCGGGAACGUGGUCCGGAUUCUGCUCGACUACGUCAGCCACGUCCACAUCUGCUCCAAGCUCACACUCAUCCUGGAGAAACAGAGAGAGUGGCCUGAAAUAUGUGAAAUCCUCAGCAGUCCUCGCUUCCUCAGGCACCUGUGCAGACUCGUGAUUAGGAGGAGUUUGACACUGAAGAGACUCAAUAAUCCUGAAAUCAUGAACUCACAUGUUUUCCCUCCCCGACUGAAGAGCUUCAUACUGUACCAGGAACUUGAUCUCUACAAUCAGGACCCUGAACACAUCAUAUAAGAACCGCUUAUUUUCAGGGGAUGUAACUAUUCUACUAUUAUUAUAUGAUAUAUACUAUAUUAUACUUUGUAUAUUUGAAAUGUGAGUAUUGUGACAGAGUUAUCUGUGACGCUUUUACAGAAAAUGUAAAUAUCAAAAGCAAACUGGUGUUUUUGGAAACAUUUCAGGUCAUGUGCUGCAUGUGCCCAUAUUAUUGAUUUCAAUGGAUUUGUAAUAUAAAACUGAUCAAAACAUGUGGUUCUUCUUUUUCCUAUAAGAGUCCAAGAUAAUGUUGAUCAGUUCAUCACCCUCCAGGAUAUUUCAAUUUACUUUAGUAGUUUAUUUGCCUCAGUACCACCAACACCAUCAUGCGACCACAAAUAUUUACUUAUGCACCAAAUUUGGAUUAAUAAACCAUUAAAAAUAGUCUAUUGUUAAUGUACAAUUUCCUCAUCUUAAAGGAACAAUUGCAAAUAAACUUCAGUGAUCAGUUUUUUUAAAAUAUUAAGUCGUCAUUAGGUCCCAUUGAGCCACAACAUCUUUUUAAGGAGGUCAGAAAGAUUUGAAAAGCAAAUCAAAACUUUGUUGGUUUUCAUAGGAUUUGCUGACAAGAAGAAAAACAUUGAAAAAAGUAAAAAAAAGUUGUGUUUUACUUUGUUAGCCAUUUGAAUGAAGGUUUCCUUGAACAAUGUAAGUUUAUGUCAGUCUCUCUGUGUAUGACCUGUCAGCUGCAAUCUUUUUGGUUUCAGUGCUGAUUGCAGGAAGUCCAUGCUCAUCAGCAAUGAUUAUUGGUUAUGGAAAUCUGGAGCUUUUAAUUCAGUGAAAUUAUUUUCCACCAGUUAAAAAAUAAGUGCUGAAGGCUUAGUGUAUUUUUUAAUAUAUAAAGUACUUUCUAUGUAGUGCAGGUCUGACAUUUUAAUUGUGACACAUUCUGUCAGUCAAGUCGUCAGUCAUUUCAUUUCUCAGGACUUUAUUAUUUAAACUGCUUCUCUUCGACUUGUUGUCUAACAGCAUGUGGACU